GUUUGUUGCUGAAAGAUACGUUAGUAAUAAUUAUCAUGUAAUAUUCCUCUCUUUUCUUCUGGGGGUGGUCUUUGUUCUUUCACCAUUGGGGAUACGGAGCUCUCUGUUUUGUUUAAUUCUUCAUUUGCAGUUCCUCUCGUCAGUGGUCACCAUUGUAGCCGCCUAUUUCCUCCCCCCUCUUCUUGCUCAAUUAUUCUUGGCUUGGCUUGGCUUGCCUUCUUUCUUUCUGAGGCUCUAAAUAAACCAAUUUUCCAAAGGGCAAGUAUAGCAAAACAUCUGGUUUUCAACUGUAGUCUGUUUUCUUCUUUUUUCUCAAUAGUUAAUUGCUUACUUGCUCAGCUUAGUUGAAAUGAAUGUCCUUGAGUGGGUUGUUGGAAUAGUUGGGAGGAAGUUGUUAUGCCGUGAUUACUAAUGAAUGCUUUGAUAAAUUGGGUUUUGUGGGCGGGGAAGGCUGAGAAUUGGAUUAGUUGUUAUCAGGGUUGAAAUGGAGGAGAGAUACGAGCCCAUUAAGGACCUUGGUGCAGGGAACUUCGGCGUCGCAAAGCUGGUUAAAGAUAGGAAGACUAAAGAACUUCUUGCUGUGAAGUACAUUGAAAGAGGGAAAAAGGGCCGAAAGCGGCUGACUUCAACACCAUAGGUGAAGAAAUGUAGAGGAUGUGGAAGUUAAAUCUGAUUGAUGAGCAUGUCCAGAGAGAAAUCAUCAACCACAGAGCUUUGAGGCAUCCAAAUAUAGUGAGGUUCAAAGAGGUUUGGCUGACUCCAACACAUCUGGCCAUUGUCAUGGAAUAUGCAGCUGGCGGAGAACUGUUUGCAAAGAUAUGCAGUGCUGGACGUUUCAGCGAAGAUGAGGCUAGAUUUUUCUUCCAGCAGCUAAUAUCUGGAGUCAGCUACUGCCACUCCAUGGAGAUAUGUCACAGGGAUCUGAAACUUGAGAACACGCUGCUGGAUGGGAGCCCUUCUCCGCGUCUUAAAAUAUGUGACUUUGGUUACUCAAAGUCUGGUUUAUUGCAUUCACAACCCAAGUCGACGGUGGGAACUCCAGCAUAUAUUGCCCCGGAAGUCCUAUCUCGGAAGGAGUAUGAUGGGAAGAUUGCAGACGUUUGGUCAUGUGGUGUGACGCUCUACGUUAUGCUUGUUGGAGGAUACCCUUUUGAGGAUCCUGAUGAUCCGAGGAACUUCCGAAAGACCAUUGGGAGAAUAAUGAGUGUUCAGUACUCUAUCCCCGAUUACGUACGUGUUUCUGCAGACUGCAAGCAGCUCCUUUCUCGUAUUUUCGUAGCCAAUCCUGCAAAGAGGAUCACCAUCCCGGAGAUCAAACAGCUGCCUUGGUUCCUCAAGAACUUGCCCAAGGAGCUGGCCGAGAUCGAGAAGACCAACUUCAGCGAAGCAGGAGGCUGUGAGCAACCGGCUCAGAGCGUGGAAGACAUAAUGCGUAUCAUCGAAGAGGCGAAGGUACCAGGGGAAGGUGCCAAAGCUGGCGGCGAGCAAACUACUAGCGGCGGUGCUGGGAUGUCGGAUGACUUGGGUUCCUUGGAACUCGAAUCUGACCUUAGCAGCGACUUUGUAGCUCAAGUGUAAGAGCAUUGCGGGGAGCUGGAGACUUUCGGGUCAAUACUUUGGAUUCCUUGAUCAUGCCAUUCAGACACUCAUUCGUGUGAAUUCCAGUUGCUCAAUGUCUUUGCUUUCUGGAUUUGGGUUCAUGGGUUGUGAUAUCAGAUGUCUCAAUGGUGCCUUGGGAAAUCAUUUCUGUGCCAAUGAAAAGGAGGAUCAUAUUGUAUCUUAACAUGUAUGUGCAGUUAUUAUGAUAUUUCAUAUUGAUACGGUUCGAUUCAGUUUCAAUAAUGUAAGCCUUUUCAUUUCGAUUGGUCCAAUAUCAA